GUUGAAGUGUAGAACCGACUCUGUGUUGUCUAGAUUAUGGACAAUUCCUAAAACCCCUUGUAGUAUUCUUCUAGGGUUUUAGGAAUUGUGUAUUCAAAUAAGGGUUUAUAUAAACUGGUGAUGUGAGCCCGAAGGGGGGUUGGGUUUGAAUUUAAGCUAGAUCCUCGCUCAAGUAAGCGAGCUUAUUAACAAGUCAAGGCUUCUCAUCUCUCACUUUAGCCUCCGUGUCACAAUCCGCUGAAUUAACACCAUGGUUUUUGAACAUAUGCCUAGUGCACAAUCUGUGAUCUCAGUACUGGCACCGAUUGCUGCUACAGCCAUGUUUGUUAGAAGUAUGAGUUAUGACUUAUUUCCUUAUGUGCUGAACGAGUACAUGUCGUCCAAGUUUUACAAAUUUUUCAGGAGCUUCUCUUCAGAAUUCACCAUUGUCAUUGAAGAAUUUAGGGGUUUUUCACGCAAUCAGGUUUUUGAGGCGGCUGAUAUUUACUUGGCUACUAAAGUCACCUCAUCGACCCAUAGGGUGAAGCUUGGGAAGUCCGAAAGUGAGAAGAAUGUUGCAAUAACGGUGGAUAAAGAUGAAGAGGUCUUUGAUUCAUUCCAGGAUAUACUUGUCAAAUGGAAGUUGAUAAGUACUGAAGUUAAAUCAUCGAGUCGCCAAAGCCCUGGACAACAUUUGAGAGACCUUAAUGCGACUCUAAGAUCGGAGGUUAGGUCAUAUGAGUUGAGUUUUCACAAGAAACAUAAAGAAAAGGUGUUGACAGUUUACUUGGCCCAUGUUCUGGAGACAUCGAAAGCCAUCAAACAAGAAACCAAGGGGAUUAAGAUUCGAAAAGCAGAGUAUGGUGGGAUUUGGAAUUCGGAGGAUACUAAUCUUGAUCACCCAAUGACCUUCGAGAAUUUGGCUAUGGAUUCAAAUCUCAAGAAUGAAAUUAUUAAGGAUCUGGAAACCUUUAAGAAAGGUAAACAUUUUUACAAGAGAAUUGGAAGAGCUUGGAAGCGCGGGUAUUUGUUGUAUGGACCUCCUGGUACCGGCAAAUCAAGCUUGAUUGCUGCAAUAGCUAAUUAUCUCAAUUUUGACAUCUAUGACCUGGAUUUGACAGAGCUAGAAUCAAAUUCAGAUCUUAAGCGCUUGUUGCUUACUUUGUCCAGCCAAUCAAUACUUGUCAUUGAGGAUAUUGAUUGCUCUAUCAGGUUGCAGAAUCGGAACUCUGAGGAUGAUCCUGACGUGAAUAAAGAAGACAAGGUGACGCUCUCUGGGCUCCUGAACUUUAUUGAUGGAAUUUGGUCUUGCUGUGGAGAAGAAAGAAUCAUUGUUUUCACAACCAAUCACAUAGAAAAACUUGAUCCUGCGUUACUGAGGCCAGGCCGUAUGGACAUGCAUAUACACAUGUCUUACUGCACAAUCUCAGCAUUUAAGCAGUUAGCUUUCAACUAUUUAGGCAUCCUUCACCACCCAAUUUUCAUCCAGAUUGAAGAGCUCCUAAAAAAGACUGAUAUAACUCCUGCAGAGAUUGCAGGACAGCUGAUGAAAAACACUGAUCCCAACAUCUCUAUCCGAAACCUUCUUAGGUUCCUUAAGAAGAAAGUAGAAGCACAGGGCUCAGCAAAAACCAAGGUAGAUGUAUGCAGUUACGAGAACCUCUAGGUGGACUUAUGCGGCAGAUGCAAUGUCAUAGCAUAUAAACUUCAGAAGUCCGUUAAGACGGAUAAAGUCUAUUAUUCUAUAGGAUGUUAAUUUCUAUAAUUUUUGAUAUCUCUAUUUAGAUGUGUAUGAAUUUCUAUUUAGACUUGUGACUUUGAUAUCUCUAUCUUAAUAUAAAUAAUUUUGGUUUUUCUCGAAAA